AUGCGCACCGCAGCAUCAGUCAAACCAUCCCACUACCCAGCGAUACCCUUCCACAUUAUCCGCGCAACGGGUCUCAUUUCGACCUUUAUCGUAGGCAUCAUUCUUGCUGUCUUCAUCACCAACCUACACAGCCAUGGCUACAAGCUUCCGUGGGCCUUCCUGGUCCUCCUAAUCGCCACCGUCCUGACCCUUCUCAACUACAUUCUCACGACACUGACCCACUGCUUCUAUGGCCUCUCCCCACGCCUCUCCCUAACCACCAAUUCCAUCCUCCUAGUUCUCUGGCUCAUCUCUCUCGGCCUCCUGAGCUACAGUCUCGCGCACACCAUCCUGACCAGCUGCACGGCCACUUACUGGGGCACCUCAACCGGCAUCAACGUGUGCCGCAUCUACAAGGCGCUCUUCGCGUUCACCAUCCUCGCGACCGCCGCCCACAUCGCCGCCGUCGUCCUCGAUGUGAUCGUCCGCCGACGUCAGACCCGCCUGGGCGAAUACGACCCCAUGGCCAGCAACGCCGCCCUCAACGACUACAAGAUGCACAACCGCGGGAGCAGCGUCAUGUCCGGCGGCGUGGGCCCCUACCACCCGGACGACCUGUAUGCCCAGCCGCAUCCCGCGCAGCAGGGGCCCUACGGGUACCCCGCCGGCCAGGAGGCCUAUCACGCUGCACCACCGCCCGACAUGUCGGGUCAGUAUAUGUCCCCCCCGCCGUCGUAUGGCGGGCUGGGAAACCACGCCGGCGCCGCAGCAGAGCACGACCACGCUCGCGAGGUGGAACAGUACGGCGACGCUGCGGCGGCGGGAGAUCUCGGGGCGCAACACCCCCUGCCGCGGGUGCGGUUCAGCGCGUAUGGAGCUUCGGCGUCCACCAUGGGCUAUACCCGUCCCGCGGAGCAGACGGGGUAUGAUGCCGGGGCGUAUCGCUAG